GUCGAUAUGGUGCCGCUGAGUUCGCUGAGCUGUUCUUCCUUCGAAGAGUCCCGAACCCCAAUCAAAAUCAUCGGUCAUCCGCUAGGUUUCUCGAUUCUCUCGUCUCUCCGCCUCCACCGCGUCCCAGGCUCGUCCCUCAUCGCCGGUCGCCGGUCGCCGGUCGCCGGUCGCCGGUCGCGGGUCGCCGGUCGCCGGUCGCUGGUUGCUGGUCCAAACAAGGCGGAGGCGAGCCUCCUCUCGUCGGCCGACUGCGGUUCGAUCGAGGUACAACGAUCUCUCUCCCCCCUCUCUCAUCUCUUCGUUGUCGUUUGGGCCUAUUGCUGUUUUUCUAUUGCUCCAUCACUGUGAUGUCUAAUGGCUGAGUGCGGUUCCAUCACCGUGAUUGGCCCAUUCCGGCCAGCCUCCCGCUAAGCCCUUCUCUGUAGCGGCUGAACGCCACCUCCACCGCCUGCCCCGUCGCUGCCACCACCUCCUUGGGCGGCACCGGUGGCAGCAUCACCUUCUUCUUGCCGCCGCCGGGCUUCCUGGACCGCCGCUGCUCCGCCUUCUUCCAAGCGCCGCUCCGCUUCCCCGCUGUGAGCCGGACUAGGGUUUCUUGGUCAAUGUCGGCCGAGAAGCCUCCCAUGGAACUCGGCAAGGGCGCCGUCAAUCUCGACAAGGCCGGCUUCCUAGACGUCAGAGCUACUUCUUACGAGCUAGAGCAACUGAGGAGGCGCCCAUAUGCGCUAACUGGAGAAGUGAAUUUCAUUCAGGAAGAGGAUACUCGAUUGGAAACCACACGUGCAAGAUUAGCAAAUGUUCUUAGAAGGCAUGAGGAGUUAAAGGAGCGUCUCUCAAGGGACUCUGAUAAGAUGAUUUUUGAGCGUUUGCAAAAAGAAUUUGAAGCUGCACGAGCUGCUCAAACUGAAGAGAUAUCUUUGGAUGGUGAGCAAUGGAAUGAAGGAUUACUAGCGACAAUCCGUGAGAGGGUUCACAUGGAAGCUGAUAGAAAGGCAAUGUCAAGCCAAACAAGCAUUCCUCCUGAUACCCACUUUCAUGCAAAAACUACUUACAGAAUAAAAAAUAAGCAGGUAAUCUGUUGUCUGGAGGGUGCAAGGAUUGGCAUACAGUAUGAGACAUCUUUUGCUGGAGAACCUUGUGAGAUUUAUCAUUGCGUUCUUGAAAGCAAAUCAUUUCUUGAAAAAAUGACUGUAAUCGAACAUACAGUUCCUUUCUUUCUUCCAAUUCGUGAAGCAGAAAAUGACCUUCUCUCUUCUAGUGCAAUUAAAUUUAUCGACCAUGUUGGAGAACUUUUGCAAUCUUAUGUGGACAGGAGAGAGCAGGUACGCCUUAUCAAGGAACUGUAUGGAAACCAAAUUGGGGAGCUAUUCCAUAGUCUUGCUUACAAUUGGAUCGAAUUUGUAUUGGAAGACUUUGAUUGCAAGGUGACUGUCAGUCUAAGAUAUGCAGAUCUUGUUUCAGUAUUGCCAAGCCGAAUAAGGGUUCUGGCAUGGCCUGUCCAUCCCUUAAAAAAAAUUCUUGUGGGAGAUAGAAAAGGCAGUGGGGCAGCAUUAGCUCAAUCUAUUCCAUCUCGUCUUUCAUAUGCCGAGGAUGCAUUAAGAACUAUGAGCCUGCCAGAAGCAUAUGCUGAGAUUGUGUUGAACAUGCCUCGAGUUCUGCAACAAAUGUUCCCGCAGCUGGGAGGUGCAUAGGGUCAUUCAAGCACAUUCCAAAAAUGACCACUGAAACAAAGCUUCAAGCUUGCCGAUCUUUGCUGAGAUAUGGUUCUUAUUCUUGAUGGCCAAUAUCAUUGAUAUAAUUUGAGGCAUUGUCAGAGAACAUGCAUUAGCCCAUUGCACUGGAACUUGAAUGUGCUGAUCAUGGAGACUGGAAAGAUGUUUUUCCUUGGCUUCAUUUUUUGGUCACUGACUCGCACAUGUACUUGCCAAGAAGUCAAGAUAUUGCUGAUGGCAAUAUACUUCAAAGUUCUAAUAAAAAUCUUGUUGAUCCAAAAUUAAUGAACAUUUUGGUGAUCCCAUAACUCAUUCUGGUUGUUCCGUGUUGAUGAUUUUCUCCUUCAGAGAUGCUCCCUUCAUUAAGGAUAUGCAUGUAGGUGAUAAUCUAGUUUCUUGUUUUUGUUGUGUUGUGAUAGAGAAUGACAGCAGUUUUGCCAUCCAGCUUUGAUUGUAUUUCCAUCGCAUAGUUCCGAUGACUAAUAUCAUCAAGGAUUUUAGAAAGUUUGAUUAUGUGUAAUUUUUGAACCUAGCUAAUUGAAUUUGUUUGCAAGUGUGCAGGAA